UAUUUCAAAUUUGAUAUCGAGUUAACAAAUGAGAACGUUGUGUCCUAAUUUGGAUAACGAAGAUGGUCUGGAAACGGUACUUGAAGUACCAAUUCCAGAAGAAAUGUUUGUUAAUUCAUCACAUAAGAAUCAUGUUAAGUCAUGGCAAAAUAUGAAAUCUUGGAUUAAAUCUCAUAGUGGUAAUAAUCAUCAUCAUCAUCAUGAUAAUUAUUAUUAUAAAUCAAGUGCUGUUUCAGUAAUUGGUGGAAGAAAUGCUGAGAUUCAACUAUUGCUUGGUGUUGUUGCUGCUCCAUUGAUUCCUCAUCCUAUUAAAUGCAACAAGCAUUCUCUUAAUAAGAAGAUUAAUGAUCAUCCUAUUGAGGCUUCGAUGGCAAAAUAUAUAGUACAACAAUAUAUAGCUGCCGCGGGAGGAGAACAUGCUUUGAAUUCAAUCAAUAGUAUGUACGCGAUGGGGAAGGUGAAGAUGAUUGCGUCUGAAUUUAUUGAAGGAGAUGGUCUAGGAUUGAACAAUGGCAAAGUAAUGAAGAUCAAAACCGCGAAAAAUGGGACAGGGGAAAUGGGAGGAUUUGUGUUGUGGCAAAAAAGACCUGAUCUUUGGAGCAUUGAGCUUGUAGUUUCAGGAUGUAAAAUCAGUGCUGGAAGUGAUGGUAAGGUGUCUUGGAGACAAACUCCAUGGCAUCAUUCUCACGCAUCUCGUGGCCCUGCUAGGCCUCUUCGUCGUUCCUUACAGGGUCUUGAUCCAAGGUCUACUGCUGAUAUGUUCUCCGAUUCAAUCUGCAUAGGCGAAAAGCCAGUGCAUGGUGAAGAUUGCUUUGUACUAAAAUUUGAAGCAGAUCCCUCAUCUCUAAAAGCAAGAAGUAGUAGCAAUGUUGAAAUUAUGAGACAUACUGUUUGGGGCUAUUUUAGCCAAAGAACAGGACUAUUAGUCCAACUUGAAGAUUCACAUCUUCUAAGACUAAAAUCUCCAAAAGAUGAUGUCUUUUGGGAAACAACAAUGGAGUCAUUAAUCCAAGAAUAUCGAACAAUCGAUGGUGUUAACAUAGCACAUGCUGGCAAGACAUGUGUUUCCUUAUUCAGAUUCGGCGAAAACUCAGAAGGACAUACAAGGACUAGGAUGGAAGAAGUUUGGACAAUUGAAGAAGUUGAUUUUAACAUAAAGGGACUAUCUUUGGAUUGUUUUUUACCACCUAGUGACAUGAAAAAAGAUGAUGAUCAAGAAAUUAUUAGUGAUGAUGAUGAUAUAAACAAGAAUUCAAGGCUUGAAUCCAAGAAUAUUAUUCAUCAUGUUAAUAAUCCUAGAUUUAUAACUGCUAUAAAAGGUGCUGCCAAAAUUGUUGCUAUUGAUGAAGAUUCAGAGGACUAGUAUUGAGGCAGGGGAAGACUUG